GAAGUUAUCUUCAAAUAUUGAUACAUUGUACAUAGUAUAAUAAUUUCUUUUUAAUAAUAUAUUUUUUACAUAUUUUUAUAUUAUUUACAAUUUAAAAAAAAUGAAAAAUUAUGAAAUUAGGUAAUCAAUAUUGAUUAAUAUUAUAAAAAAAAGAUAGAUAUAGAGAAAAUAAAAGAUACAGGAGAUUUAAUUUCGAUAUACGAUCUUGCAUUUUGCAGUAAAGUAAAUCGUUUCCAAGAUAAUAAAAUAUAAUUUUAAUGAUGGAAGAAGAUGGUGGUAAGAGAAUGAGAGGUAGAACUCGUGGUAGAGCUCGUGGCAGAACACGAGGAAGAACUAGAGGUAGAUCUAAGAAACAAGUAAAGGUCAUUGAAAGUGAUGAAGAAGAUAAUCCUCAACAAGUAGAAGAACCUCCUGUGGAAACAACUGGUACAGAACUAGAAGAACAUGAAGCUCCAUCAGCUCAACAGCUUCCUUUGGAACAACAGUUUGAUUUGGAAGCUGAUAUAUCACAAUUAGAAGCUCCAACUUUUACAACCAUUAAUAGAGGUCCUCCAGAACCAAUGUUACGUUUAAGAUGGGAUCAUAGAGUAAAUCUCAUUGGAGAAAAAGUAUUGAAUCCCAUGAUACAUUGUUGUGACAAGUGUUUAAAACCAAUUCUUAUUUAUGGACGCAUGAUACCUUGCAAACAUGUCUUUUGUUUAUCUUGUGCUAAAAGAGAAGAUAAAGUUUGUCCUCGUUGUAUGGAAAAAGUUUCUAGAGUAGAACAAACAGGUUUAGGUACUGUAUUUAUGUGCACACAUGGCGGAACAAGAUAUGGAAAUGCAGGUUGUAGAAGAACAUAUCUUAGUCAAAGAGAUUUGCAGGCUCACAUAAAUCAUAGACAUAUAUCAGCUCCACCACAAGUUCAAGGCAUGCAAGUGGAUCCUCCACAAUAUGUGCAUUCUAAAUCAGAAAUAGAAUCUCAAUUAACAAAAGUUUCAUCAGUUGCUAUGCAAAAUACUCGCAUAAAAUCAGUACAAUCUCAUAUGGUUCAACCAAUAAUGGGAAAUGAUCCUAGAGUAAAUUCAAUGGUCAAUCAAGCACCAGUGGAACAUAGACAACAACAUAGACCACAAGCAUUACUAAUGCAAAAUUACAGUCAAAAUUCUGCACCUCCACCACCAAAUAAUGCUCCAUUAAGAACAAAUCUUAUAACUGUGCCCAUUCAAGAUACAGCUAUAACAACACAUGAUAUACAUACCCAACAAAGUCAUCAUUAUUAUCCUCCUCCACCUCCACAAGUUAAUUAUGGAGGAUAUAAUGUACCACCUCCUGUUUCUCAAACACAACAAUAUUAUCCACAACCUCAGCAUCCUGCCCAAGUAUCUUAUGUGCCACCACCACCGCCACAACAACAGCAAUAUGUAUCUUCAACACCAACUUCAAUAAGGCCAUCUCCAACAGGAUAUAUUCAAGAUCCAUCAUAUGGUCCUCCACCUCCACAACAACAAGCUCCACCACCACAAACUCAAUGGUCACAACAUCAACAACAAUUUUAUAGAUAAAGAAAAAAUGUAUUGUGGAGAAUUGUAUAAUAUAAAUUGUGAUAAAAUUAUUAUGGAAGCAAUGAUAAUUAAAUAUGAUUGUAAAUAUCAAUUUUUUAAAUGUAAUGUAUCAUUAGGAAAUAUUCAAAAUAUUUUAUACUUUUCAAAGGUAUAUAAUCGCAACAUUCAGUGACGAAAAUUAUAUAAUCUUAUAGAAAUAAAAUUAUUUCAAUCAUGUGUAAAUUUA